AUGAAGAUCGCCGGAGCGUUUGUUAUUGCCGGUCUGCUGGCCGCUUGUGCUUUGACCAGCGCGGAAUGGAUCGACAUUGACUGGUCGCAGGUGAAGCCGAUCGAUGAGUUCGAUCACUACUGGCAGCGACUGCCGGCGGAAGUACAGUAUCUGCGCCAUGCCCGCCCAUCGCACCGCAUCGUGAACGGUGUCGAGGCACUGCCCGGCCAGUUCCCGUACCAGAUCGCACUGCUCAGUAACUUCGGUACCGGUACCGGUCUCUGCGGUGGUACCGUCAUCACGAACAACUACAUCCUGACGGCGGCACACUGUGUGGUCGGUGGAAACGGACAGGUGGCUAUCAGCGGUACCGCAAUCCUGGGCGCCCACGAUCGUACCGUGGUGGAACCGACGCAACAGCGCAUUAGCUUCUCCCAGGCCGGCAUAUCCGUGCACCCGCAGUACGACUCGUCCACGAUCCGCAACGAUAUCGCCACGGUGCGUCUGGACACCCCGGCCGUCUUCAAUGCACGCGUACAACCGAUCGAUCUGCCGGCAACUACGGACGGGCGCACGUUCGCCGGUUUGGAAGGUACGGCGUCCGGUUUCGGACGUACCUCGGAUGCGAGCGGUGAUACCUCGCCGGUGGUAAUGUUCACGCGCAACCCGAUCCUGUCGAACGCACAGUGCAACAGCUUCUGGAGCACGGCACUGGUGCAGGACCAGAACGUGUGUCUCGAUGCUUCUGGUGGCCGGUCGCCAUGCAACGGUGACUCCGGUGGUCCGUUGGCUGUGCAGGAUGGUGGCCGCAGCCUGGAGGUUGGCAUCGCCUCGUUCGUGUCCGCUGCCGGUUGUGCCUCGGGCGCACCUUCCGUAUGGGUGCGCGUCUCCUUCUUCCGCGACUUCAUUGCCCAAAACUCGGACUACUCGUUUUAA